AUUUAAUGUAAUUAGAUGACUAACCGUAUUCAAGCUCAAAGCAAACUGGUGGGACCAAAACGGGUUUGCCAUGUACUUCAAUAUUCCACUGAGGUUCGACCACGAAGGACAAACGCCUGGACAUCAAGGAUUAAAAAGUUCCAAAAAACAAUAAAAUAGAUAAAUUGCAAUAUCAUCAUAAUCGACACUAAUUAAAGCACCUUCUUAACAUUCAUUACAAUUUGGUCGAGAAUUACAGUUUCUUGAGCAUUUAUUGGACAGGGAUGGAGCGGUACAUAGUUUUCGGUGUCAUUUACAUGAUCACUACAUCUGUAAAUGGGUGGUACAUUCAAAACACAGGCACCAACACAGGUAGCAAUACAGGCAGUAACACUGGCGCGGGUACAAAUGCAGUUGGCAAUACCGGAGGGACAACCAAUAUAAGAUGUAGCUUUGUUGGGGAGUUUCUGGCAAAUCCUACAAAUCCGCAGGCGUUCUACCAUUGUGACGCGGGUAAUGUUGCACGGCCGAAGUUAUGUGCAGGAGGAACUCAAUGGUGCCAGGCCAUUCUCACAUGUGACUACAUAGGCGCAAUCUGUCCUUCAGGUGGAAGUAGUGGUAACACUGGUGGAGGAGGUGGGGCAGUCGUCCCACCAGUAACUGGAGGGUCACUUGUGGGAACUGCUUGUCCAACGUUAACGGAAUAUGCACCGAAUCCUUCUGAUACCAGUACAUUCUACUAUUGCGUUCCUAAUCCUAUGGGCGGAAACAUGUGGGUACUAGGCAGUUGCCCCACUCAGUUCCCUAAGUGGUGUCAGACUACUACAAAGAGGAUAUGCAUCGGCGCCAAUGAUGCUUGUUAAUGUUUCUUUAAACACUCAAGGCAGCGCUUGUUUUUUAUAAUAUGUCUGCUUGUUGGUAGGACUGAAACAUAUACUGGCCCAAUGUGUAUCCUUAACUUUCGACUUGGAACAUCACUUAGCCUACACACAGUUAAGGGCCGUUGUAUUACCUCAUAAAUUAUAACUGACUAUGCAAUGCGAUAAUAAAUAAAUAUAUAGUAAACUGUACAUAAAAUGGUGUUACAAUCUUAAUAUUUAGUUCACUUUAAAAAAUAUGAAAUAAAUAUAAGAUAGAUGGCAUUAUAGGUCGUUCAGAGAUUUUUGCACCGUUUUGUUGCAGACUUAGUUAAAUUGAAUAAUACCCGAAAGAUACAUUUUGAGGCUUUUGAGACAUUACUUAUUGUAU